UCCCUCGACGAUCGACUUCGCGCCGUGCAAUAUGCAACUUAAAAAAAAGAGGGAUUUAGACGAAACUUAGCAAAAAUUGUCUUGAUGCAUUAUCACGACUCCAAUUGUUUCCAGUGGAACUUUUAAGCAAGUUGCCAAAUUGACGUAAUCCACAGUCACCAUGUCUCUGUACGAUGGGCUAGGGGUGGAUACUGCCCCUAAGAAAGACACCACGCCAGACACCAAGAAACCAGAUGUCUCUGGGUGGUCAGCAGGCAUCCGGAUGAUGCAAUCUCAUCUCCGCAUGAAGAAAGCCUCGCUCACUGAGGCCCAGCGCAAGAUCAGAGCCGCCACCCUGGCACCUGUCAUUGACUUGAAGAAAGGAGGGGCCAGCGCUGAGGAGGCGACCCAGCUGACCCCACCCUCUCCAUCCCCACCCAGGCCGUCCUUUGCGCCAGUCAAGCCGAGUACGUCUAAGUCUUCGCAGCCCGCGUUCAUCGAAGCGAUGCCCAUCGCUUCCGACGUGGAGAACGAGUAUGACCCGGCCUUCCCCAACGAGUACGAGAAGAUUGUCAAGAAGAUGCGAGACAAAGUCAUGCAGGAGAUGUUGAGAGUUGAGCGACAAAGAGACGGCGACAACUACAGAGGAAGAGAUCGCGACAGGGAUCGUGAUCGAGACCGUGACAGGGACCGCGAUAGAGAUCGUGACAGGGACCGUGACAGGGAUCGGGACAGAGGCAGGGACCGGGACCGAGAUAGGGACAGAUCAGACCGCAGGAGAGACAGGGACAGGGACAGGGAUAGAGAGAGAUCCCCACCCAGGGGAUUCUCGCGUCGGCCCGAUGAAGAAGAAGAAGAGGAGAGAGACAGGGCAAGACGGAAAGGUCUAGCUGGUAGCGGGGCUGCAAUUGCACCGCCAACUUCACUGAUCUAUGAAGAUACAUCCACUGCAGAUGAACCAUUUGCAGCACCUGCUGGCCCGCCCAAGACAAAGCGUCCGUACGCCGACAUCAUGAAGGGAAAGAAAGACGGCACCUAUGAGCAAGAUCCCGAGAGAUCUCAAACCCCUCCAUUGUCAGACGGCUCGGAUGAAUUCAGUCGGCCGAUGGGUCCGCCACUGGCUGCUAAAGGCGGAGGAUUCCAGGUGCCAGUCGGUAUGGGUUCCAACUCCGUAGCAGCCAAGAUUAUGGCCAAAUACGGUUUCCAAGAAGGCAGAGGUUUAGGCAAGUCAGAGCAGGGCAUCAGCACAGCACUGCAGGUAGAGAAGACUAGUAAGAGAGGAGGCAAGAUCAUCGAGAGAAAAACAGAUUCCCCUCCGGUUAUGGCGCCCCCACCUGGGCCAAAUCUUCCUGGUCCUGCUGGUCCUAGUAUACCUGGUCCCGGUAUACCUGGUCCCGGUAUACCUGCUCCCGGUAUACCUGGCCCUGCUAUACCUGGUCCGUCGUCGGCCAUGAUGCCCCCGCCAAAACCAGACAUCAAAUCGGUCAUCAAGAACCCUACCAAGGUGGUGCUGCUCAUGAAUAUGGUUGGACCGGGUGAGGUGGAUGACGAUCUACAGCCAGAGACAGCUGAAGAGUGUGCCAAAUAUGGGGAAGUAGUCAGAGUUAUCAUUUACGAGGAGCCCAAUAGUGCUGAUGAUAGCGCUGUGAGGAUAUUUGUGGAGUUCCAGCGGAUUGAAGCAGCUAUCAAAGCCGUGGUGGACUUGAACGGAAGAUAUUUCGGAGGCAGGCAGGUCAGGGCAGGUUUCUACGAAGUCGACAAGUUCCAGCGAUAUGAGCUGAAUGCUUUAGAAUGAUCCCAGAGCAUGGACUCAUAUCUGGCAUUACAUUGAACAGUGCCCUCAUGCGUCACGUAUAUGAUUGUGCAGUGAGGGAUGAGUGACUCCAGACUUCAAAUUUUAGCCCCAGUUGUAAUUAAUAGUAGAUGGUCGUUAUUGUUAUUUUGGGAUCUUUACUUCAACCCUUUGGUACCAUAUAAUUUCAUUUCGGCCAAGUAGUAGAUUCCAGUAGCUUUGGGUGCGCACAUCCCAAAUUUAUGGAGCGGGCCAACUUUUGGGAGCCCUGUGGAUGGGACACACCAUGUGUGAGUACUGGUUCGCGCACGUACGCCCUGAAAUACGGAUGACUGACUAAUGUGAGGCGUUCUGGCAAAAUUAGACGGAACUGGGCACAAGCCAUAGUGGAGAAAAAUGCAAAAAAAUCGAAUGGUAAUGAUUUUUUUUCUUCAGUUUUCAGAUUUAUUGAUAUUUGUAAUCUUUGAUAUGCCUACUUCACUUAUUUUACAAAAAUAUUAUAAAAUGGUGGAAUGAAAGUGUGAAUGAAAGGAUGAAAGGAAAAACAAUUGGCAUCUAUUUUCACGAAUACAAAACUCAAAACUGUAAAGGCCUUUUCUCAGUAUUUUACUUUUUUGACAUGUCGAUAAAUGCGAAGUUUAAAUAGCCUCAACUUGUCAACGGAAUGAAGUGCAACAAGCAGUAUAGCAAGGAGAAUUUUAUUCUCUUUCCUAAUACCCGCAAACCCUCAUUUCCUCCUCUGCCCAGUUCUGUCUCAAUUUGCCAGAACGCCUCACUAAUGUGCACAAAGUCUUCACAUGAGCAUCGGGCAUCAUCGGCAAUGCGUUCGAAUGUCUCUCUCUCUCCUUCCCCCCCCCCCCAACUCUCCCUUUCUUACUGUUGAGGGGGUACUUGUGCACGGAGCCCAUAUCCCAGCAGGGAAGAAUUUUUAGUGUUUCUAGUAUCCGAACUUCGGGCUCUGUGUCUUCUCUACAAUAUUUGUGCUCCUCGUAACUUUCAUA